ACCAUUUUUGACAGUUCGUUUGUAUUGUUUACAUGGACUUAGAAAAAAAAUAUUUGCGAUGUGCCUCGAGCGAAUCUAGUCGUCCAUGUAAACAGUACUAGCGAACCGUCAAGAACAUGUAUAAGUGCUACUCGUGUAUGUCCGUGCUCCCAGUUUCAACAAAAAGUGUCUAAAAUUUUAAAUCCCGUUUAACUCACAUAAAUUGAGCAUUGAACUAGCAUUUUCCACAAAUUUCAUCUCUGUUGCAUCACUUAACCCGGCUGAUGUGACAAACAAAAAACUUGCAUCACGUUCGAGGUAAAUGGCCCGUAUCGGAACGGAUCGGAUCGGAUACUGGGGCAACGGGAAAUUCUGCGACAAAUUCAAUAAAUAAAUUAAUAUCGACGGUCGGUGAUUGAUUUCGAUGUUGUUUUUUCCCCCGGUUCGAAACCUUUUAUUUGAUAUCGUUUUUUCCGGUCCCUUCGGAGGGGCAGAUACGUGGCAUUGGAACGGGAGAUCAUUAUUCAGCUGCGAUAAAAAAAACACAAUCGGAAUCACGGUGGGUGUAUGUGUGCUUUAAUGAGGUCCUCUCAUUAUCGAACCUUUGCCGGGCGAUUGGGUAAACGAGGUCGUAUACGAAUGAUUUAUCGUCCCUGGAGGGGGAUCGCAUGCACGUAAUCGGAGUCGCAAUGCGCGGGCUUGAAUAUUUCAUGCAUUGUGCACAAGUGGCUAAUUAAAAAUAGAGGAUUUGUUUUGCUGCCACCGCCGUGUCAAUGCCUGUCGAUGAACUACGAAAGGAAUUAUCGAAAUAAUCAAAUCGGGACGUUCGCCAAAUCCUUUCACUAAUCAGUUUUCCGAUAAUUAUCGGAAUUGUAUACAAAAUGUAAAUGUAAGAUACCUAUCACAGUUGGCCUGAAAUUUUUAGUUCACAAUAGUUGACAGUUGUUACGAGACAAGACAUGAACCUCGAGAACCUCCAGGACCAUCUAUCGUACCUGUCCUAUGCCUUCCGAACACUGACCACCGAGGAACAAAUGAAGCUGGUGCAUUCGCUCACAGUGCUGCAACGAAUGCAACGUCUCGAUGCGGUUUAUUUCCUGGGAAGAUUGGAAGGCUGCGAAGCGGACUACAUGCUGGCAUUCGGUUGUCCCGAUAAAGAUAUUUUCCACGACAGAAAACUGUUCUACAGCCUGGAUCUAACCGAUUGGUACCAGCUGUUAGAACCGAAGAAUUGGAGCUCGAACUGGGAUCAAGUGCAAUGCUCAUUCCGAGGUGAUCCCGCUUUUAGAGUAGAGGAAGAUCUUGGACCAAGCUACACUCUAGAUGAGGACCUGGUUCCGGUCGUGGAGGAGCGGAUAAGACCUAAAAUGAAGGAACAGAAUCGGCUUUGGUUUGUCAUCAGCAGAAUAUUGGAGGAGGCAGCCAUCGUUCCGAGAGGGGUCUUGUACCACUGCACCGAAGGACGUUCCGUCGUCAAUCCGUUCUUCCGUGGUAUUAGCGUAAACGACAGUCUGAAACUUCACAAUUAUCACCACUUUCGGAAGCCAAUCGGCGAGCCACAGGAAAAUCUUCUGAAGCGUGAUGAUUGUAGCUAUUUUCUGGAUGUUUUCGAUCCGGUCGAUGACUUGAUUCCUGCAGAGCAGAGUUUUGCAGUUACACGAGAUUUACAACGGGAUGUUUUUGUUAUGAAGAGCUUGCAUUGGCCCGGUAUGUUAAAUUUUCACCGGUCCAAUUCGAAUGUGUAUGGAUUUUUCUACUUUGGAGAUGGGCGGAAAAAUUGGGACUUGCUAUUUAAAAUUUGACUGCGUGGAUAAUGAGAAGAAUAAAUAAGAAUCUUGUUCUGUAAUGGAAACGAAAUCGGCCAUAGAGAAUGUCCAUAAAUUUGGAAAAGCGGAAGUAGGUCGAUCUCGGGAUUUUCAUUUAUCCGAAACUCUGUCGUCACGUGCGCGUUUCGUGAACAGGCGAAAUUUAAAAUUGCCUUGAUACUACAUCCCAAAGCGGAAUCUGAUCUUCUAUUUUAACAAAUUUCGCAGCUGGUUCUCCGCAUGCAGCGCAAAAAAGCGAACGAUCCUACUGUCACUAAAAAUCUAUCCUGUCUGGAGCUCGAACAUCCGUAGCUGCAUGAAUGUAAUUGAAAGCUUUUUACUAUCCACCGAGUGAAAAAGGACUCGAUUCAAAACCACCAAAUGUAGCACUCGCCUAGUUGGCUGAAAAUGAGUUUACUCUGGAUAGUCUAUUUCUUCUGGCGCGGACUACGAACCGAAACAUGCCAGCUGUGUCGACUUGGUGGUUUCCACUUUUCAGGGCAGCAAAAUUCGAUGUUCCAACGAGCGAGCGGUCGAAAGGUUUCAAUUUCUUUUUGUAUUUUUUUUAUUGGUCCACGUGGAACUAAUUCUGCUGGAAAAGCAAGUGGAAAGUGCUUUUUUUCGACUCUGCACCUCGGUCACUGUCGAACCUGUAUCUUCCAGCAGAUGCUGCUACCACAGAGAACAGACAUUCAUCGUUCGAACAAAUAACUUAGUAAUCAACCUGAAUUACAAAUUGUAUUUUCAAUAAUGACAGCAAAAUCGAAUGGCAGUCGAUAUUAGGGGUGUGCGCCGCGCCGCCGAUUUCAGGUACUAUUUCAGGUACUAUUCGAUAUAAAUCCGCCAUAAUUUCGAUCGUGAACCGAAAAAUGGGCCUAAAUAACAAAUGUACACAAACGGAGAUUUGAUUAAUAUCUUAAAGAGGAGUAAAAAUACUUCACAAUAAAUAUAAAAACUCAUUUAUAAAUGUUUCACACUUCAUGAAAAUCAAUAAAAACGAAACAGCGGAAACCGACAUUCAACUGUAAACAAACCGUCAGGCGGGUUACGCCUCUGCAUUUCUAAGGUAGUGUAUACGGGCGAAAUUGACAGCAUCAUUGUUUACAAGGCCAAUAAACAGAAUCGCCCUAACCAAAAACCAAAUGCUUGUUACGCCUCGGGGGAAUAACAAAUUUUCCCCUCUAGCGAGCAAGGCGAAAACCACAUUUGAUUUUUGUUUUCUGGCGACAUUGCAAGGCGAAAUUGAUGGCGUUUUCGCUUGAACCCGAAACUGAGGCAGGUUCUAACCCCAACCGCUGUCAGUUCAUACAUUUUGACAGCAGUUGGGGUUAGAAACUGACUCAGUUUCGCUUCAAGCAAAAACGACAUGAGAGUUGUCAAAACAAGAGGGCGACUCGAA